AUGCACACUCAUGGCUCGGCCUUGUUUGCUUCCCAGCCGCCUUAUCUCAAAGAAGGUGUCUUGAUUCGCAAACAUUUACUAGAGAGUGCAACACACAAGGCCAAGCAUCGUGAGUGGAGAGAGAUCUUUGUGACAAUUGGCCAAGGAGAGAUCAAAAUGUACGCUCUUCAUAACUCUGGAGAAGUUGAAAGACGUCUCACUAUUUUUUUAUUAUUAUUUCAGUCUCAUUCACAGCUAUUGGGUACAAUCCAAUUUUCUCACACACUCUCUAAUGUCUUACCACCUCCUGGAUACAACCGCCAAAGACCUCAUGUUUUUGCUAUUCAGCAGCCUAAUGGAGGAGUGUAUUUGUUUCAAGCUGCCUCACAAGAACAAGUAAAUGAGUGGGUAGCCACAGCCAACUACUGGGCUGCACGCGAGAGUAAAGAGCCUCUUCCUGGUGGUGUAAGCAACAUGGAGUAUGGAUGGAAUUCAUGUCUCAACGACGUCUUUCUGGAUCUCGACACAAUUGAGCGUGUUCCUACCGGAAGUGCUCUGUCUGAUCCUGAUGCUGUGACGAUUUAUGAUUGGAAACCACCUGCUCCACCAAUGGUUGCCAGUCCUCUUAACGAAAAAGAGCAGUACGACUCUCUUCAGAAACAUCUCUCGACACUCAACAGUGAUAUUAAUGAACACCGUGAAUUAAAAAAGAAGAUUCUUAUAAAGGUGAGAAAACAAGCAUACAUAUAUACUUGUUUAAUAUAG